AUGCGAGAUUCAGGUUGUUCAUGUUUCCAGCAACAAUAUAAGCAAGAGCGUUUUCUCAGGAAAAGCUCUUUCUUUCUGUCUGUUUAUUUUCUUACCAUAGUUGCCACGGUAGGGUUGGGUGUAUUGAUUGUUGAAUUCAUUUUGAAGCCUCAAACGCCGGUAUUUUCUAUUGAAACCAUAACAUUAGAUGCAUACCAGUUGGAUGUUUAUUCCAAUUCGACCCUGUUUGUGUCAUCUGUUGCUUCUUUGGUCCUAAAUGCUGCCAAUCCUAACAAGAUUGGCCUAAGAUACAGCCCUUCAAGGCUUCAACUUUACUUGGAAGGACUUCCUAUCGCAGUUAUUCGAGUUCCCAGCUUCUUUCAACCUGCUCAUAGUAACAAUGUCAGUUUGAGAACAAGGGUUUUGAUUCCUUGUGUGAAUGUUAGCCAAGUGUUGGGUGGGGGCUGGUUGCAAGACCAGCAGGGCCAGAAAAUUGUUCCAAUCAAACUAUCAGGCGAUAUUCGAGUGAACCUCCAUUUUCUACACAUUACCCUGCCAAAGAUCAAGGUUGCCCUUGAUUGUGACAUAGAUUUCGAGUAUAGGGAAUUGGCAUUCUUAAAUGAAGCUUACAGCAGCGAAGCUGUUAAAAAUCUGGUUGCAUCUUUUUCAAAUGAUUCCAAAUCCUUCAUCAAGAAAUGUGCCUUAGCUAUCUACAUAUGA